ACUUCGUGGAGACACACUGACAAAGAAAUGAUUUGUGUUUGCCAAUUAAUGGAGCUUUUACUAAUGCAAUAGCCUAUACCGUGUGUGUGGCAUAUUUUAUCGGUUUAAUACAGAGUGUAAGAGCAUUCUGAAUGUAUUUGACCAAUAUCUCCUCAAAGAAGUAUAAAUACACAGUGCUGCCGUUUGUGCAGGGUAGGGUCCCUCCAUCCAUACCACGUGCCCAUCCCCAAAAACUCAAGAAAUUCCUUUCAGCCUUGACAGGGGAAAAUAGAGUCAAACUUUAAUGAAUCAAGCCCCAGUGGGGGGGAAAAAAGAUUUGCGCACUCGUACAUCGCUGCUUCUCUAGUUGGGUGUCUGCUGAGAGGACUGUUUCCCCGAAAACGUCCGCAUCUGCCCCGAGUGGAAGAUGAAUCGCGUGGUGCGUAAAGGACGCGCAGCCAGAGACGCGGUCUCACGACACAUCGACGAUGAGUCGACUGACUACAUUUCAAUUUAUGCAGCAGGCUGAACAAAAUCACACGCAACGUGAAGAGAGCCCACCCCGGCCAGGAGAGCCUAUAAAAGCGGGAUGCGUCUGAACGAUCCAGAGCCAACAGGAGACACUUGGAAAUCCGCUCCCUUAAGGACAGUUCGCCACUCUGCGUUGAGAUGAGAGGGUUCACACUGAAUAAUGUUUGCCAGUGUGGCUUAUUUACUUACCUUGUCUUGUUUUCUUUCAUGUAUUUUACCGCUGCAGUCAGUUUCGACUUGACUGAGCUUAGGAAUAAAGUUGCAAAAAUUAAAGUGAAUCCAAGAGGCAAUCUUUGGGCUACAGGACACUUCAUGGGAAAGAAGAGUGUGAUGGACACCCCCCUGUUGCCCUCAGCGGAGGGGCAGGGCGCCGAUGCGCUGGAAGACACCCUUCCUGGGGAGCAGAGAGCUCUCGAGGAGCUUUUCCAGGAAUUUCUGCGGGCGGCGUUACAAGCGCAGCUGGACACACAAGAGAGCCGCUCGAAAAAUCAGGAGGCGGACUUGUUGAUGAAGAUUUUAGAAAGCUACAUCCAAAGCAGAAAGUGAUACAGAGGAUGAAGGUCUGGCACGUGUGAAGACGGAUCCGGGGUCAUCUGACCUCAUGGGUUAAAAUAAAUAAAUAUAUUAGACACAGUCUACAGUCUCCUGCUCAUCAUGAUUGUAAUUUACUGUAUCUGCCAUACUUAGUCAAC